AUGGCGCUUUCUCCACUGAUCUGCAGGCGGGGCCGCCUGACGUUCCUCCGCUCAGCUGCCUGGCCCAGGCGCUGGGUGCGGACGCAGUUGGUGGGUCAGCCUACCCUGGCGGAGCUCCUGCAGACGGCGGAGCGCUCCUCGUCCUGGACGGCCACCAAGUGUCUGGCGGUGCUGGGAGAAGUCACCAGCCGCGCCAUCCAGGAGAACCAGGUCGCGGAUCUCCUGCAGAGCCCCAUCUUCAGUUCCUUGCUCGAUCGAGUUCAGCACCGCUUGUACGGCUUCUCUGCUUCGGAGGCCUAUCUGCUGCUGCUUUGCAUUUCCCGCGUAAAGAGCGCACUGAACGCGAGCUCUGUUCAAGCUCUGGAGCCUUUGCAGAAGCGUGCGCUGGAGCAACUGGCUGAAGAUCUGGAGGAGCUCAGCUCUGAACGCUUGGUGGAAGUGUUGCACCUUGGGUCCAGAGGCUUGGGACAGGCGUUGCCUGAGUUUUGGCGUGAGCUGAGUGAGCUGCUGUCCCAACGGCUCGACACCGGGAGCCUGAGCCCCCGGGCGCUGCUCCUCGCCGCGGACGCGCUGGCGAGCUCCGCGGAGGAGGGUAUCGCGAGGUCGCGGCUGGUGCCUCAGGUCGUCCGGCAGUCCAGGGAAUGCCUGGAGCACUUCUCCUUGAAGCAGCUGGCACGACUGGCUGGUGACCUUCAUCAGCUGGACGUCUCCCAGGAGAUCCUGGAUGAGCUGGUGCAGAGGCUUUGCGGAGCUGCGGAAGCCCUUCCACCCCCAGCGCUUGCGACGGCCAUGACAGUGGCGGUGCGGAAGGAGGAGCUGGAGCUUCUACAGUUGCGCUGCUUGGAGAUCGCCCAUACCUGCCAUGCCAGUGAUGCCAUCCUCACGCUCAGGGCUUUGGUGUGUCAGAGCAGCUUUCCGGUCGAGUUGAUGAUCCUCUUGCUGAUGCAGGUGGUGAAGCAGCCGCGGAGCGUGUGGAGCGAUGUCGAAGAACGGGCGCUCCACCAGGUCACUUUGAGUAUUCUGCAUGACCCAAACGCAGAAGAUGUUCGAAGAGCACUCGAGGAUGCUGAAGAGCUUUGGGAUGCAUGCUACAGGCCGGAAGAGGUGGUUCUCGAAGCGCCCGACGAGGAGGCGCUCAAGGCCGUGGGCCACGUGCCCGAGGCAUUGCAGGCGGCCGGCAUCGAGGUGGCGCGUGUGGCCGAGGGCCAAAUCAUCAGAGACUUCUACUGGUUGCCGAUGAUGAUCCAACUGAAAGAUGGUCAAUGGCUCGGCAUUGACGCGGACGGAAGGAGGGAGGACGGGCACCGCGACCCCUUCCGACGCCUGAAGCAACGGCAUUUGCAUCUCUGGGACAUUCCUCUUCUCUGGCACAGGCGUGAAGCUGGCUCCUUCCGAGGACUGGUCGAGGAGAUCUUGCCCUUGACGAGGACGUGA